CAACCGGCCAACCGGAAUGCCCAGGAACCAAACCGCGGGUCUCCGCCGCUUCGGAUCAAUGCCCAAGACCUUCACCUCGGGACGGAAUCCUACUCCAGUGCUCCAGCGACGUCUGCACCGCACUGUAUCGCCUCCAUCUCAGGUGUGCCCAGUGCCCGGGGUUCCAAGACGAGACUCGCGUGUCUUCCGCCACAGUCCCUGACCCAAUCCCAACAACGCGCUCAAGUGCUUGCAUGGGCU